AUGGCUGCUGGACUCCGUGGAGGCUCCUUCGAGUAUGCGUACGCCAGAAUAUAUCGAGCCAUCAGAAAUGACUUAUUCUCCGGCUUGGUUAAACAAGAUGUUGCCUUCUUUGAUGCUCACAAGACUGGCGAGAUCGUAUCCCGACUCACUGCUGACUGUCAAACUAUGUCUGAUACAGUUGCUUUGAAUAUGAACGUGUUUUUAAGAAAUUGUGUGAUGCUGCUUGGAUCAAUGAUAUUCAUGAUGACGCUAUCGUGGCGCCUUUCUUUAAUCACUUUUAUUCUCGUCCCCAUUAUUUUCGUCGCAUCAAAAAUAUUCGGAUCUUACUAUGAUGUGGGUAUCACACUUCAGAAUUUGAAAUACUUCUAA